CUCACAUUUACACAAAAUGACGAAAAGUGGAGAGUAACGUCAAUAAUAGCAUAGGAAACUCAUUUUUAAAGCACUAUAUAUCAUCCCUAUCAGUCCCUUACAUCGUCUCUCAUACACACACACUAAGGAAAAAUGGUGAAUCUAUCAUCUUGUCUCUUACUUUUUUUGCUAUCAUUGCAUUGUUUUGUGGCUUGCUUAGUUGCGAAUCCAAAAACCAUCACAACUGAUCAAUCUGCUCUUCUAGCAUUCAAAUCACUAAUUACUUCAGACCCCUAUGAUAUGUUGUCUAAUAAUUGGUCAACAUCCUCUUCUGUAUGCACUUGGGUUGGUGUCGCUUGUGAUGAGCGACACAACAGAGUCCAUAGUUUGAAUCUCCAAAACAUGAGUCUUAGAGGUAUUGUUUCCCCAAACCUGGGGAAUUUGUCGUUCCUUGUUAUACUUAACCUCUCCAGCAAUAGAUUCAAUGGUCAGUUUCCUAAAGAGAUAUAUCGGUUGCAUCGAUUGAAGGUUAUUUCUAUCGCCUUUAAUGAGUUUGUUGGAGGAAUUCCUGAAACGUUGGGGGAGUUAUCACAACUUCAAAUUUUGCAUCUUGGCGCUAACAAUUUUAGCGGUUUUCUUCCCCAAUCGAUUGGUAAUCUUUGCCAAUUAAAAAGUUUUGAUAUUAGUCGGAACAUGUUGUCUGGACCCAUACCUCAAACAAUUUCAAACAUGUCUUCACUUGAAUAUCUUGUUUUCCAUCUUAACUACUUUUCAGGUGAAAUUCCAUCGCUUAACAACAUGACUUCUUUGAGGGUGGUCAAAUUUAGCCAUAACAAUUUAAAUGGAAGACUAUCAAAUGAUUUUUUCAAUCAGCUUCCUCAACUUAAAUAUUUAACUUUAAGGAACAAUCAAUUUGAUGGAAGCAUUCCACGAUCAAUCGGUAAUUGCACAUCCUUGAUAUACUUAGAUUUAUCAUCAAACUUUCUCACAGGUGAAAUUCCAAAAGGGAUAUUGGGUGAUCUUAGACGGCUGAACAGACUGUACCUUGACAAUAACCAGCUUUCAGGAAACAUAUCGUCAAUAUUCAAAUUCAACAACUCAUUAUUGCAAGAAUUUUAUCUUAGCUAUAAUAAUUUGUCUGGCAAUCUUCCGUCAUGUAUUUGUCACGAGCUUCCAAAUCUUAGAAUGUUCUAUCUUGGUCAUAAUGAUAUUUCUGGUAACAUGCCGACUGUUUGGAAUCAAUGUAAAGAGUUGGAGAGAUUAUCUCUAGCUUUCAAUAGUUUCAACAAAGGACCCAUGCCAGGUGGCAUCCGAAGCAUGACCAAACUUCAACGACUAUUUCUUAUGGGCAACAACUUGGAGGGUGAAAUUCCACCGCUUAACAACCUGACUUCUUUGUGGGUGGUCAAAUUUAGCCAUAACAAUUUAAAUGGAAGACUACCAACUGAUUUUUUCAAUCAGCUUCCUCAACUUAAAUAUUUAACUUUAUGGAACAAUCAAUUUGAAGGAAGCAUUCCACGAUCAAUCGGUAAUUGCACAUCGUUGAUAUACUUAGAUUUAUCAUCAAACUUUCUCACAGGUAUAUUGUAUUUUCUAUCUCGAUAUAUUUACCUGAAAUAAGA